UAGAAAGCACUAAUGUUCCAAGUCGGAAUCAAAAUCUGGAAAUGUAUGAUCCAGAAAUGAAAAUCAAGAAAGAAAUUGACUCGGAUGUUGAGCUAGUUGAAACAAAUUCUGCACAGGAGGUGAAGAAAAAUGUAAAAAUCAAACUAUUAACGAAAUCAAAACCUCGAAAGAAGAAAAAGGUUGCGGCAUUCCAUGAUGAAAGUGAUGAAGAUUUUGAAUGGAAUUUAUGGAAUACUGCUGUGUCAGAGGAAGAAAAUGCAGAGAAAGAUUCAGAUUACUGAACACCAGGCAGGGAGGAGAAAAUCAAAAUCAAAAGUUGCUAAAAAGUCUUCCCCAAAAGGCAUGAAAAGAGGGAGAGGUAAAAGAAAACGAAAAUCAACAACCCCUAAAAAGGUUCCACACGAUGAAGGCGUGUUGCAGGAAGAAUUAGCUGGAGUUAAGUUAUGCCUUGAUUUUAAGGAGGAAAAAAGUGCCAAUAUGAUGGAAAGUGUAAUAAAAAAUGGACACAAGAAGCAAACUGGAAAAGUUAAUGAGCCUCAGAUCUUUAAGUGCGAAGUUUGUGGUAAGAUUGUUGCAACGAAAUGCUCCCUUGUAAAACAUGUACGCACACACACAGGAGAAAAACCAUACCAAUGCGACAUUUGUGGCAAAAAAUUUAACGCACCAAAUUCUUUCAACAACCAUAAACGAAUACAUGCGGGUAUCAAACCCUACCAGUGUCGAUUCUGUGAAAAAUCAUUCACGGAGUUGAGCCAGCGUGUGACACAUGAGCGAACUCACACGGGCGAGAAACCAUACAUGUGUGAUGUUUGUGGGAAAAGAUUUUCUCUCCGUUCUUCCCUUGUUCGUCAUCGACGUAUUCACACUGGAGAGAAACCCUAUGUUUGUGAUGUUUGCAAUAAGUCCUUUGUGCAGUACAACCAGCUAGCCAAUCACAAGCGAAUACACACUGGAGAGAAGCCAUAUUCUUGCCAACUAUGUGGGAAGAGGUUUAACGUCUCUUGCACUCUGGCUCGACAUCUUGAAGCUCAUUAUAAUAAGAUGUUCACAGUGAGAUCAUUAGCGAAACAAGAAACAUCCACAGCGGAUCCUAAUACAGUGAUGAAGAUGAUUGGCAAGAUGAAAGAUGCGAAUGAUAAGAAAAAAUAUGCUAAGAAGAAAAAUUCUAAACUUUUGUCUGAUGGCAAACUUGACAUUCAGAGAUCUGCAGCUGAUGGUGGAAGUGAAGGAUUAAUGCUUCUCAGUUCAGUUGACUGUAAGGAAGGAAAGUCUGGUAGUAAUAGCAGCAGACAUGGACAUGUUGAUGAUGGUGGUGAUGAUAGCCAUGGAUUAUUGGGCAAUAAAUCUGACCAUGUUGAUGGGCGUUUAACCAUUGGUUCCGUUCAUACUGAUGGGUCAUUGGAUUACAAUGGGCAUGGACCUUUUGAUAUGGGUUCCAGUAGUUGCAGAUCUUUGGGUAGCAAACUUUUGGGUAGUUCUAGAUCUGUGGACAGUAGGGCUGGUGGUUGUCACAGAUCUGUGGACAGUAGGGCUGGUGGUUGUUACAGAUCUGUGGACAUCAGAGCAGGUAGUUGUUGUGGACCUGUUUCUAGCAAACUUUUGGAUGAUCACAGGUCUGUGGAUAUCAGGCAUGAUGGUAGUCACAGAUCUGUGGACAUGAGUUCCAACAGCAGCCAGGGUGAUAGAAGCAGUGUCACAUGUGGUCAUGGACGUGGCGAUGAUCAUGAAAGGUCAAGGUUGAAUGACUCUGGUCCCCAGUUUCCGCCAAGGUUCCCUGUUUCUGGACACACACCGACCAUUAUGAACAUUUCCUUCCAGCAGUACGCCCCGAACACCUUCACCGCUCCUGGCAUUGGUUGAAUUUCUCAGAAAUAACAGGUUCCUGUUUUGUAAACAUUUUGAGAUGAAAAAAGAAACACAUGAUUAAUAUUGUAAGGGAAUCUGAGUGAAAUUGUCAGCAUUUUACCAACCAAGCCUGACAAUACUAUAACCGGGCUCACGUGAUUUGGUUUGGUUGUAGAACGCAGCACUCUGCAAUAUUCCAGCUUUAUAGCAGUGGUCUGUGAAUAAUCAAGCCAGGACCAGAGAAUCCCAGGAUCAGCAUCAUGAACAUCAAUCUACACAGUUG